AUGGCUUCAAACAUAGACCCCGAUACGAUCCGCAUACUGAUCGCCACCGACAACCAUGUGGGCUACGAGGAGCGAGAUCCGAUUCGCAAAGAUGACAGCUGGAAAACCUUUGAUGAGGUUAUUAGCCUCGCCAAGAAGCAGGAUGUCGACAUGGUUCUCUUGGCCGGCGAUUUAUUCCACGACAACAAGCCUUCCCGCAAGUCCAUGUACCAGGUCAUGCGGACUCUGCGCAAGAACUGCCUUGGCAUGAAGCCCUGCGAGCUGGAGUUUCUAAGCGACGCCAACGAAGUCUUCGAGGGUGCAUUCGGUCAUGUCAACUACGAAGACCCCGAUAUCAACAUCUCCAUACCUGUUUUCUCGAUCCACGGGAAUCAUGACGACCCCAGUGGCGAGGGCCACUUCUGCUCUCUGGAUCUGCUCCAGGUCGCCGGACUGGUCAACUAUUUUGGCCGUAUCCCCGAGGCUGACAACAUCAAGGUCAAGCCCGUCAUGCUGCAAAAGGGCAGCACAAAGAUCGCUCUGUUUGGUCUCAGCAACGUCCGUGAUGAACGCAUGUUUCGCACAUUCAGAGACCACAAGGUGACGUGGUACCGCCCGAAUCAGCAGCAAUCCGACUUCUUCAACAUCCUCGCCGUGCACCAGAACCACCACGCGCACACUGCCACUGGAUAUCUGCCCGAGAACAUGCUGCCAGACUUUUUAAAUCUGGUAGUAUGGGGUCACGAGCACGAGUGCCUGAUUGACCCUGUGCAGAACCCCGAGACUGGCUUCCACGUCAUGCAACCCGGCUCCUCUGUCGCCACUUCUCUGAUUCCCGGAGAGGCCGUCACGAAGCAUGUCGCUAUUCUCAGCGUCACGGGCAAAGAGUUUCAGGUCGAGAAAAUCCCUCUAAAGACUGUGCGGCCGUUUGUCACGCAAGAAAUCGUCCUUCAGACGGAUAAGCGGUUCAAAGAUCUUGUCAAGAAGAAAGACAAUCGGCACGAGUUGACAAAGAGGCUGAUGCAUGUGGUCGAAGAGAUGAUUGAGCAAGCAAACGCGGACUGGCUGGCCGUUCAAGAGGAGGCCGACGAUUCGGAGGAGCAACCUCUGCCUCUGAUACGACUCAAGGUCGAAUACACAGCUCCGGAGGGAAGCAGUUUCGACGUCGAGAACCCUCAGCGGUUUUCAAAUCGCUUUGUUGGCAAGGUUGCCAACACCAACGAUGUGGUCUACUUCUACAGGAAAAAGACUGGCACUACGAAACGAGGCAAGGAUGACACAACAGUGCCGGAGAUGCAAGAAACCGAAGCCGAUCUCGAGACAAUCAAGGUCGAAGCACUGGUCCAAGAAUACCUUGCCGCGCAGUCCCUCAAGAUUCUGCCACAGGGAGAGUUUGGUGAUGCGGUGAAUCAGUUUGUCAACAAGGACGACAAGCAUGCCAUGGAGACAUUCGUGUCUGGCUCGCUCGCCGACCAGCUGAAGGAUCUUCUGGCCUUGAAUUCUGAGGAGCCCCUGGACAAUCAGUUCCAGUGGUGGAGAGAAGCACAGGAGAAGAAGUUCCUUGCCGGGCAGGCGCGAAAGGUCCGCAGGCAGAGAUACAAACCCAAGCCUGACGAUUGGGACUCGGACAUGGAGGGCCACUGGGAGAACAACCCCGAAGCUUUGCUGCUCGAUGGUGAGCAAGAUUCCAUGCCGAAACAGCCGUCACGGCAGCGCACUAGGGUGGUCCACGUUCCUGGCGUGGGAGAUGACGAUGAAGAGAUGGAUGACGUGCUCAUGGACGAUGCGCCAGAGCCUGCUCCAAAGACCACCGCCAAGCGAGCUGGGGCAGCACGCACGACCAAGACGGCAGCGGCGACGAAGAAAGCGGCGCCGGCGAAGAAGCCACCUGCGAGGUCCACCAGAGGACGGAAGAAGGGUCCUUUCGAGGACGAUUCUGACAAUUCUGACGAGGAGGACAUGUUUGUGGACGAGGACGAGGAGCCCUCGGCACCGCCUCCGCCCAAGACGGCAGCCAAGCGCUCGCAGCCGGCGAGAAGUUCGGCGCGUACGAGCGCCAAACAGACUACGCUGAACUUUUCGCAGCCGCAGAGACCUGCCACGCAGAGGAAGGGGGCCACGCAGAAGAAGGUGCUCGAGAUCAGCGACGAUGAGAUCUCGGAGGACGAGGAUGAUGCGUUUGAGACGAUGCCGGCUACGAGGAGCCGACGUAGAUAA